CUGGUCAUUCAUGCUGGCGGCGACAAGCGACCCGCUUUUCUCCCGCUGUUUGGCCCUGCAGACGUGCCGUAGCCUCUGACGUCACUUCAGAGCGACAAGUAACAAUGGGUCAAAGCCAGAGUGGAGGCCACGGUCCAGGGGGAGGCAAGAAGGAUGACAAGGAUAAGAAAAAGAAGUAUGAGCCUCCCAUUCCCACCAGAGUUGGCAAGAAAAAGAAGAAGACCAAGGGACCAGAUGCCGCUAGCAAACUACCAUUGGUCACUCCUCACACUCAGUGCCGCCUAAAGCUGCUGAAGCAGGAGCGGAUCAAAGAUUACCUACUGAUGGAGGAGGAGUUCAUCAGGAACCAGGAGCAGAUGAAGCCUUUGGAGGAAAAACAGGAGGAGGAGAGGUCAAAGGUGGAUGACCUGCGCGGGACCCCCAUGUCUGUGGGUACUCUAGAAGAAAUCAUCGAUGACAACCACGCCAUCGUUUCCACCUCAGUGGGAUCUGAGCACUACGUCAGCAUCCUGUCCUUUGUGGAUAAGGAUCUGCUGGAGCCGGGCUGCUCUGUCCUGCUCAACCACAAGGUUCAUGCUGUGAUUGGGGUGCUGAUGGAUGACACCGAUCCCUUGGUGACAGUGAUGAAAGUGGAGAAGGCCCCACAAGAAACCUACGCUGACAUUGGAGGUCUGGACAAUCAGAUCCAGGAGAUCAAGGAGUCAGUGGAGUUGCCUCUCACACAUCCAGAGUAUUAUGAAGAGAUGGGCAUCAAGCCCCCCAAAGGCGUGAUCUUGUACGGACCACCUGGUACAGGUAAGACACUGCUGGCCAAGGCUGUAGCCAAUCAGACAUCAGCCACCUUCCUGCGUGUGGUGGGCUCAGAGCUGAUCCAGAAGUACCUCGGCGACGGGCCCAAGCUGGUCCGAGAGCUCUUCAGGGUGGCGGAGGAGCACGCGCCCUCUAUCGUCUUCAUCGAUGAGAUCGAUGCCAUCGGCACCAAGAGGUAUGACUCAAACUCUGGCGGUGAAAGGGAGAUCCAGAGGACCAUGUUGGAGCUGCUCAACCAGCUGGACGGCUUUGACUCGCGGGGAGACGUUAAAGUCAUCAUGGCCACCAAUCGGAUAGAAACUCUGGACCCAGCCCUCAUCAGACCUGGGAGAAUCGACCGCAAGAUCGAGUUUCCUCUGCCGGAUGAGAAGACCAAAAGGAGAAUCUUCCAGAUCCACACCAGCCGCAUGACAGUAGCAGAUGAUGUCACCCUCGAUGACCUCAUUCUGGCUAAAGACGACCUAUCAGGAGCAGACAUUAAGGCCAUCUGCACAGAAGCAGGCCUCAUGGCUCUACGCGAGCGCCGUAUGAAAGUCACCAACGAGGACUUCAAGAAGUCCAAGGAAAACGUCCUGUAUAAGAAGCAGGAGGGCACGCCGGAGGGGCUUUACCUCUAACCUUCAAAACUUUAACUUCAUCACUCUGAACUCCCCUCCCUCCCAUCCCUCCCUCCCUUCUCUAUCUAUCGUUGUGUGAAAGAGAGGAGGCAGCAGUUGAGUUGUCUGUCUCCCCCAGAGAGAGUUUUGAUAUAUUUUGUGCACGUCAUGUCUGGCUUUAUCCCACUCUCCUGUUACCGUUAUGUGUAAAGACAAAAACAUUAAAAAAAGGACAGAAAAUAAAAGGUGUUAUUCAUCUG